CGCGCGGCGCCACCCCGGGGUUUGCACCUCCUACCCUCCCCGGGGCUCGCCCUCGGCGGGGCGCUGGUGCCGCCCCCCUGGGUCGCACGUCUUCUCGCCAUGGGGCCCCUCUCGGCUCGGUUGUUGAUGCAGCGGGGGCGCCCCAAGAGCGACCGGCUGGGGAAGAUUCGCAGCCUGGACCUGUCAGGGCUGGAGCUGCUCUCGGAGCACUUGGAUCCCAAGCUCCUGAGCCGCCUGACGCAGCUGCAGGAGUUGGACCUCUCCAACAACCAGCUGCAGAUGCUGCCCGCCAACCUGGGCCUGCCCCGCCUGCGAGUCCUCCGCUGCGGGAACAAUCAGCUGGGGGAUGUCACCGCCCUGCGCCAGUUCCCAGACCUGGAAGAGCUCAGCCUGGAGGGCAACCCCUUCCUGACGGUCAGCGACAACCUGAAAGUCUCCUUUCUCCUGCCCAAGCUCCGUAAGAUCAACGGCAAGGAUGCUUCCUCCACUUCCUCUCAGGUGGAGAACCUGAGCCGGGAGCUGACUCGCAGGGUCACAGCUCACUGGAAGAAGUUCAUGUCCACACUCAGCCCCGAGGAGGAGACUGAGAAGGCCCGGGCCGACUUUGUGAAGGCUGCCGUCAGGGAUGUCCGCUACGGGCCGGAGUCCCUCAGCGAGUUCACCCAGUGGCGGGUGCAGAUGAUCUCUGAGGAGCUGGUGGCCUCCGGCGGGUCCCAGGUGUAUGAAGCAGAGGUCCCUGAGAGACCCCCCAAAGCCACAGCUGCCCAGAAGCCCAGGGCCAAGCCAGUGGCCUUGAAACGACCGGAAGCUGCCCCACUCAACUUCUCUUCCAACAAGCGGGUUUGCCUCUCGCCAUCAGCCCAGGGGGAGGACAGCCCCCCAAGCUCCGAUGGCAGCCAGACUGGCCUGCAGCUGGAGCCCCUGCACUUCCUGCAGUGCCACAGCAAGAACAACAGCCCUCAGGACCUGGAGACCCAGCUGUGGGCCUGUGCCUUUGAGCCAGCCUGGGAGGAGGGGCAUGCAGGGGCCACGUCCCAGACCGUGGCCACGUGUGGCGGGGAGGCGGUGUGUGUGAUUGACUGCCAGACGGGCAUCGUUCUGCACAAGUACAAGUCUCCUGGAGAGGAGUUCUUCUCUGUGGCUUGGACAGCCCUGACCGUGGUCACACAGGCAGGCCACAAGAAGCGCUGGAGUGUGCUGGCAGCUGCAGGCCUGCGGGGCCUGGUCAGGCUGCUACACGUGCGGGCCGGCUUCUGCUGUGGGGUCAUCCGGGCCCACAAGAAGGCCAUUGCCACCCUCUGCUUCAGCCCCACCCAUGAGACCCAUCUCUUCACGGCCUCCUAUGACAAGCGGAUCAUCCUCUGGGACAUCGGGGUGCUCAACCACGAUUAUGAAUUCCAGGCCAGCCAGCUGCUGACUCUCGACACCACCUCCAUCCCCCUGCGCCUCUGCCCCGUGGCCUCUUGCCCAGACACCUACCUGCUAGCUGGCUGUGAGGGCGGCUGCUGCUGCUGGGAUGUGCGGCUGGACCAGCCCUCGAAGAGGAGGGCAUGUGAAGUGGAGUUUGUCUUCUCUGAGGGCUCUGAGGCAUCUGGACGGAGAGUGGAUGGGCUGGCAUUUGUGAAUGAGGAUGUUGUGGCCUCCAAGGGGAAUGGCCACGGCACCAUCUGCCUAUGGAGCUGGAGCCAGACCUGGACAGGCCGGGGUGGCCAGUCCACAGUGGCAGUGGUUGUGCUGGCUCGGCUGCAGUGGUCACCCACGGAUCUGGCCUACUUCUCGCUCAGUGCCUGUCCUGAUGAGGGGGUUGUGCUCUGUGGGGACGAGGAGGGGAACGUGUGGAUCUACGACAUCAGGCAGGUCCUGACGCAGCAGCUGCCUCUGCCGGCAGCCCCGCAGGCUCCAGUGCAGAUCCUUAAGUGGCCUCAACCCCAGGCCCUGGGCCAGGCGGUGACCAAGACCAUGGUGAACACAGUGGUGGCCAACCCCACCUUUACCUACCUCACCGCUCUGACAGACUCCAACAUCGUGGCCAUUUGGAAAAGACAGUAGCCUCUAGCUGGAGCUCCUGCCCUGCACAAAGUACCAGGGACACAACACAACUUAUUCAGCUUUUAUAAUGAUGGGGGGUAUUUUUUCUGUGGGUGUUUUUAUUAAACUCUGUGAGAAGCCUG